ACUGCAGCAGUUAGGUUUCAUUUAAAAUAUAUUCUGGUUUAUAAUGAAAUCAAUUUCAUCGGCUUCAUGACAUAUAAGAUAAGGUUUUAUUUUGAUUCAUUUGCAAAAAACAAAAUAAACAUAUAUACACUGAGGCGAAGAAUCUGAAAAGUGAAGAAAACCUAAUAAAAUAAGUUUAAAACGUAUUAAACGCGUUCACUUACUGAAGAAGAAAGAAAAAAAGCCACAAACAAAUAAACAUGAAUAUUGACGACGGUCAUUACUCAGGCGUUUCACUUUGUAAUCAGGUUGCGUGCAAUUUUUUCAAAAACAAAACAGUGAACUAAAUACCCGCUGUGCAUGUGAUGCGGCAUGUAAACAAACAUUCGGAAAAUCCUAGAAUGGGGUGCAAAUGCAUGUUUCCCGCUCCAUGCUCAAAAAUCAAAAAUAUAUCUAGUAAUAUCUACUAAAACGUUGACACACAAAUGUAAAAAUCGAUUGUAAGUUUUCAAAUAUCAGUUCGUGCAGUUUAACUUUUGUAUAUCCAGUCACAUUUUUGAGCAGAGCAUAAUUUCGUUUAAACUUAUCUUCACAAUUUCUUCAAAAAUCUUCCAUUCUGCACCCACGUUGCACAUUCCCAGUCCAUCAGUCAAAAAUCUGUUAUUUGUUUCUUGAUGUCACUAAUUCUGAGAUAUACUCCUCGAAUACAUAUCUUCGGCUCGAGAUAGCCAUGUCCGCUCGUGACGGCGGUCGGUACUGAAUGAAAAUCAUCUCACAUCUAUUUUUCAUUGUAGUGAAUACAGAGAUAUAGUGAUUAUUUACUCUUAAAUAAGAAGUUCCUAUAGAAAAAGUAGGGUAUUUUAUCACAAAAAUACAUGUACUCAGGUAUGGUAAUACUGUAAUAUGCUAAAAAGUUAACAAAGUAUUUGGACCAUAUCAGCAACAUCAUGGAUGAUCCCAUGGCAGCUGGAGAUGCUACAAAAAUCAUGCAAGAGAGAUUGAUCGGAGCUGAAAAAGAUACAAAGGAAUUAGCUCAAAUGUUGGUUGAUCUUGGUAUCAGUCCACCUAAAGAAAAACAUGAGAGUGAAUUACCAACUCCUGAUAAUAAUGAUGGUGUAAUGACAAUUGAACGACUUCUUUCUGAUGCAAAUGCAUUGAUAUCUAACAACAAAGAACCUCAAAAAAUUGUUUCAUUUGGACCAACUGUUGAAGUUCCUCUCAGAAAUAAAGAAAACAAACCUCCUGUGCAAUCUAUACUUAAAAAAUCGACUGUAACACCUUUGAAACUUCCUAUGAGUGAAAAGGAAAAAUCAAAUGGAAAUGCAAUAGCUGCACAAUAUCAACAAUUAGUAGGGAGACUCUGCAAAACUGAAAGUGUAAUUCAGUCGUUGAAGUUAUCAUUGUGUUCACUACAAACCAACAAAGAAGUUUUAGAACGAGAAAAGAACUCUGUCAUUCAGAGGUUGAAGGAAGAAAUCAAUGAAAGAGAAUCUGAAAUAUCUUUGAACAAAGAAAAAUUGAGAGAAGCAAAUAGAAAUGCAACUGAUGCUGAUAGGAGAUGGCAAGAAGCAGAACACGAAGUUAAAAAUCUGCAUCAACAAGUACAAGAUCUAUCAGAAAAACAGCAAGGAAAAAUUCUGAUGUCAGAUAAUGAAAUGAAAGUUUUCCGAGAAAAAUCUGCAAAGCGAGUAGCAGAAGCAAAAGAAGAGUUGUUAAAAGAACGAAGUUUAAGAAAAUCUCUUGAAGAAUCUCAUGCUUUGUUGUUAACAAGAGUCAACGAUGUAGAAGAAAAUGUUGAACAUGAAAGACAACAGGUUGCCAAUUUGAGAGAUGAAUGUUUGAAACUCAGAAAAGAGAAUGAAAGUUUUAAAGAUAAAGGAGAUGAAUGGACAAAACGUGCAAAAGAAAUGGAUGUUGUUUUAAAAAACUUGAAAGAAGAAUUGGAUGCAAAAGAACGAGCUAUUAAAGUGCUGGUUAAUGAACAGAAUGCAAGAGAUCAGGAAUCAGAUAAAAUUUCAAAUCAUCAAUAUAAUCUCAACAAACAAUUGAAAGAAUGUAACGUUGUUCUAGAUGCACAGAAGGCCGCAUUCAUAAAACUAGAAACACAGAAUAAAAAUCUUCAAGUCGAAAUAGAAGACAAAAAGACUAAAAUCAAUUUACUUGAAGAACAAAUAAAGAGAAAAGAUUUUGAACAUGGAAAUGAUCUGCGAGCAAAAGAAGUUGAAAAUCAGAAUAAAUUAGAAUCAAUGGAGAAAUAUAUGAAGAAGGAUGUUAAACUUGAAAAGACAAAUGCAGAGAAAUUAGAAGAUCGAAUCAGAAUAUUAGAAGAUUGUGUUCAACAACAAGAAAAAAUUAUUCAAGAAAGAGAAUCUGAUAUUGAACAAAAUACUGAAGAUUUUGAUAAGAGAUUGGAUGAGGAAAGACAGAAAUUACGAACUGCAACAAAGGAAAGAGAUGAAGCUUUAAGAUCGAAAGAAUCAGCAAGUAAAGAAUUAUCAAAAGGAAAUUUAGGUCUUAAGCAAGACAAGGAUGUUCUUGAACAAAGACUUUGUGAAUUGCAGCUUGAAUAUGAUGCUCUGGUGGAAGCAAAAAGAAUGGUAGAAGAAGAAAAUGGUAGAUUGAUGGAAAGAUCAUCUGCUGUUCAACAACAAGAAUCAUCUUACAAAAGAAUGCAGGAUGCAUUGACUAGUAACAAUGAAGCAAAAAGCAGAUUAGCUUAUGAAAAAGGGAAAUUACAGACUCGUGUUGAACAAUUGGAAGAAGAAUUACAAUCACUAGCUUCUGUUCAAUCUCAAUUACUUCAAGUCAAAAGUACCAAUCAUACCUUGGAACAAAGAUACCAAAGAGCUGCUUCUGAACUUGCUGCUGCUAAAAUUGAAAGACAAAGAAUGGAAGCCGAGGUUAAACAGAUGACUGUGGCAAUGAAACGAAAAGAAUCAGAUUUUACAUUAGCAAUUGAGGCAAGAGAUCAAGCAAUGAGAGAAAAAGAAAGUGUUGAAAAUCAGAUGGAAACUGUCAAGGAAAAUGAAAGUAGCAAAGUACAUCUACUGAAAAGAAGUUUAGCUGAAUGUAAAUCAGAUAAUGCAAAGAUGGCAGGGACUCUAGAAAAUAUCAUGAUACGACAUAAUGAUCUUCAAGAAACACUCGAUUCUCUGCAAACACAACUUGGAAGAAAGGAUACUGAAGUUGAUGCAUUGCAAAGGGAGAGGCAAGCGCACAUACAACAAAUUCAAGCUAUGCAUGUUGAAAUGGAAAAAUUGAGAGCUCAAUUACAAGAAACAAAUACAAACGAACAAGCAAGAAUAACUCCUGUACUUGCAGCAUUAGAGAAAGCAAGACAAGAUAAUGAUCAACUUGCUACCUCACUUGAUGAUGUUCUCAAAGCAAAUUCACAAAUGAAAGAGGAAUUGCAAAGGUUACAGAAUGAAGUAGACACAAAUCAGCGAGAAAUCAACUCAAUGAAAAGAAGAGAAGAUGCUUUAUCAAUUGAAGCAGAAAACAUGUCACAAACUUAUGCAGAACGAAUGCAACAUACUAAAGAUCAGUUUGAAAGAGAAAGAGACGUUUUGAGAAAACAACUUCAGUCACAAAUUCAUGAGGUGAAGAAGGCACUCGAGGCAUCACAGUCUCGAUGUUCACAACUAGCAAAAGGAAAUUCUGAAUUGAGAGGAAGGUUUGCUGAAAAGGAAAGAGUGCUCGAAAAACUGAAAGAACGAGCAAAAAGUCAGAAAUCCAACCUUGAUCGUUUACAAAAAGAAAAACAGCUGAAUCUUCACACUAAUGAAAAAAUUAAGGAAAUCAAUUCAGAACUUCGUGAACUAGAUAAAGUGAAGAGUUUAUACAUGGAGAAAAAUAGACAACAAGCAGCUACUAUCAAUACAUUCAAUGCGGAGGUCAGCUCAUUGAAAACAGAUAUUCUUGCCUUGGGAUCAGCUCAACAACAUGUGAAAGAUUUGAAUGGAAGACUGGAAAAACAGUUAGAGAAAGAAAGGAAUGAAAGAGUGACUUUGAUGUCAAGGACAAAAGAAUUACAGUCGCAAUUAGACAAAACAAGAAAAGAGAAGCAAGAAGCUGAUGAAAAGUUACAAAAAGUUCAGCUUGAGACUAUUCAUGUCCAGGAAAAUUUGAAUGAAGCUCAGACAUGGUUCACACACAAGUUUGAGACGUUGCAGGCUGAGUUAAAUAGAAGUAAAGGGAUGAAACGAGGUGCAGAAAGUGAAAGCAAGGGACGUCAUAAUGAUGACAAAGAGAAUCAUAGAUGAUAAGAAGUGGAAAAAGAGUCGUCUUAUAUUACUUUGAUGUUAGUGUGCCAUUGGUCAGAUGUUUUACUGUGUCAGAUUGUGGAAUUAUUUUUUUGUAGAGUGGCUAUAUUUAUAGAUGAUAAAAUCAAUAUAUUUUUAUGGAUUGGA